CAAUUCGGCUUGGAACCACCUUCAGACUGACCACCUCUAUGUAGCUUCUCUGAGAACAAACACCGACCGCCUCAGUCCUCCUCAAGCUCGACAUCACCCAGCAACAAGCCAUGGCGGACCCACGGCCAUCCGGGAAGAUCAACAUUGGCGCCAGACUCGUCUACAAGAUUGUCAAAAACGAGAACGCAAGGAAAGAUCCCCCCGAGAUCUAUGGCUGGCGGACCUACGCGCUCGCAUGCUCGGCAUGCUUCGGUGGUAUGCUGUUCGGCUUCGAUAUCGGAACCAUCGGUGGAGUUCUGACCUUGCCUGCCUUCGAGCGGAAAUAUGGACUGUCGGGCUUGUCCAAAGCGCAAAAGUAUGAUCUCUCUGCCAAUAUCGCUUCGACCUUGCAGGCCGGAUGCUUCCUCGGAUGCUUUAUUGCUUCCUGGGUUGCGGAUCGCUGGGGCCGCAAGACGAGUUUGAUUUUCAAUGGUUUGGUCACCAUCGUUGGAUGUAUCAUUCAGUCGGUGAGCUUUGGAAGCAUUGCUUCCAUGUAUGUGGGUCGCUUCGUGGCCGGCGUCGGCGUCGGCGGCGCCUCCAUGGUCGUUCCCCUCUACAUCUCCGAAAACUCGCCCCGCGCCAUCCGCGGCGGGUUGACAGGAAUCUAUCAGCUCUUCAUCGCCACCGGAGUCAUGCUCGCCUUCUGGGUCAACUACGGCUCGUCGCUGCACAUCAAAGGCGACGCCGUGUACAUUGUGCCCCUGGCCAUGCAGGCCCUGCCCGCCAUCCUCCUCGUCGGCUGCAUGCUCCUCAACAACGAAUCCCCCCGUUUCCUCGCCAAGGUCGACCGCUGGGAGGACGCGACCAAGGCACUCUGCCGUGUGCGCCAACUGCCCGCAACGCACGAGUACGUGCAGGGCGAACUGCGCGACAUCUCCGAGCAGCUCGAGCACGAGCGCCUGCUCAUCGGCGGCUCGACGACAAAGGACCUCCUCAAGGAAAUGUUCACCAUCCCCGGCAACCGCAAGCGCGUGCUCAUCUCCAUUGGACUCAUGAUCUGCCAGCAGAUGACGGGCACCAACGCCAUCAACUACUAUGCGCCGCAGAUCUUCGAGGCCCUGGGCAUCAAGGGGAAUACGAACAAGCUGUUCGCGACGGGCAUCUACGGCGUCGUCAAGAUGGUUACGUGCGCGGCCUUCCUCAUCUUCGCCGCCGAUUCCCUCGGUCGGCGCCGCUCGCUGCUGUGGACGUCCAUCGCCCAGGGCUCCGCCAUGCUGUACAUUGGCCUCUACGUGCGCAUCUUGCCGCCGAACCCCAACGUGCCUCUCCCGGGGGCCGGGUACGUGGCGCUCAUCUGCAUCUUCCUCUUUGCGGGCUUCUUCCAGUGGGGGUGGGGUCCCGUGUGCUGGAUCUACGUGUCGGAGAUCCCGACGGCGCGGCUGAGGAGUCUGAACGUGGCGAUUGCGGCGGCGACGCAGUGGUUGUUCAACUUUGUGGUGGCGAGGGCGACGCCGAAUAUGCUGGCGAAUGUGGGCGCGUAUGGCUAUGGGUGUUUCAUCAUCUACGCCUGCUUCUGCUUCUCCAUGUUCUUCUUCGUCUGGUUCCUCAUCCCCGAGACCAAGGGCCUGUCGCUCGAGCGCAUGGACGACCUGUUCGGCGUGACGGAGCUGGUGAAGCACGUCGAGGAGGAUCGCGAGGCGCACGCCCAGACGAGCACGGAGAUUGGCAUGGAUGGGAAGGGUGCGACGACGAGGACGGUGGAGAAUGUCGAGGAGAAGAAAUAGAUGUGGGGAUGGUGGGCGACAGGGUGAGUGGAGAGGGAUGGGGUAGAGGUUUAUGUUGUUAAGAUUUAUGAGGCAUUGAUGAUUGGGAAUGGUAUAUCCGUGAAGUUAUUGAAGCAA